AUGGAGGAGAUUGAAAUGAUUGAUACAUCCCCAAACUGGAUGACGCCAAUGGCAGCCUACCUCAUUACUGAGGAACUCCCAGAUUAUAGGAAUGAAGCUCGAAAAAUGAGGAGAAAGGCUACACGAUACAUCUUUGUAGAGGGAGUUAUGUAUAGAAGAGGAUUCUCCGUGCCACUACUAUGGUGUGUUACACAAGAAGAAGCUGGACGACUUUUGUCAGAAGUACACGAUGGAUUCUGCGGCAACCAUGCAGUUGGGCAAAGUUUAUCCAAGAAAAUUCUAAGGCAAGAGUAUUUCUGGCAGACCAUGAUUGAAGACUCCAAGGCCUACGUUAACAAAUUGGCACAUCCCCAAGAAAAUGGUCAAGUCGAAGCAGUCAACAUGACACUCAAAGAUACCCUAAAGAAACAACUUGAAGAUGUUAAGGGAAAUUUGUCAAAAGAACUUCCUGAAGUAUUAUGGUCGUACCGCGCAACUGAGAAAAUAGCGACCGGACAGACUCCAUUUACCAUGGCAUACGGUUAUGAAGCUAUGUUGCCCGUAGAAUUCGAACCACCGUCCCACAGAAGAUUGACAUAUAACCAAGAAGUUAAUCAUGCACUCCUCGCAGAAUCACUUGAAGAAGUUGAAGAAAAAUGA